UUUCUGCCUUGGGCCUCUUUUGUCAAAUAUCGCUCAUCUGUGAGUUGAGGCCCUGACUCCCUUCACACAGAAGGAAGUCAUCUCUCUCUGAAGAUGAACUCAACAGACCUCCCUCAGGAUGCUCCCAACACUACCCUGCUACAUGUGCCUCACUCCCAGGGAGAAAACAGCACUGCUGUCCAGGAAGACCUCCAGGACCUCAUCCACACGGCCACCUUGGUGAGCUGUACCUUUCUGCUCGCAAUCAUCUUCUGCCUGGGCUCUUACGGCAACUUCAUUGUCUUCUUGUCCUUCUUUGAUCCGGCCUUCAGGAAAUUCAGAACCAACUUUGAUUUCAUGGUCCUGAACCUGUCCUUCUGUGACCUUUUCAUUUGUGGCGUGACGGCCCCCAUGUUCACCUUCGUGUUGUUCUUCAGUUCAGCCAGCGGCAUACCAGAUGCUUUCUGCUUCACCUUCCACCUCACCAGCUCCGGCUUCAUCAUCAUGUCCCUCAAGACAGUGGCGGUGAUUGCCCUGCACCGGCUCCGCAUGGUGUUGGGAAAGCAGCCGAACCGCACGGCCUCCUUUCUCUGCACUUUGCUCCUCACUCUGCUCCUCUGGGCCACCAGUUUCACACUCGCCACCUUGGCCACCCUGAAAACCAGCAAGUCCCACCUCUGCCUUCCCAUGUCCAGUCUGAUUGCCCGAGAAGGGAAAGCCAUCCUGUCUCUCUAUGUGGUCGAUUUCACCUUUUGUGUUGCUGUGGUCUCUGUGUCUUACAUCAUGAUUGCUCAGACCCUGUGGAAAAAUGCUCAAGUCAGAAAGUGCCCCCCUGUGAUCACAGUUGAUGCUUCCAGACCACAGCCUUUCAUGGGGGCCCCUGUGAAGGGAGGUGGAGAUCCUAUCCAGUGUACCAUGCCAGCUCUUUACAGGAACCAGAAUUACAAUAAACUGCAGCACGUUCAGACCCACGGAUACACCAAGAGUCCCAACCAGCUGCCAACCCCUGCGGCCAGCCGGCUCCAGCUGGUGUCGGCUGUCAAUCUCUCCACGGCUAAGGAUUCCAAGGCAGUGGUCACCUGUGUGAUCAUUGUGCUGUCGGUCCUGGUGUGCUGCCUUCCACUGGGAAUCUCCUUGGUGCAGGUGGUUCUGUCCAGCAAUGGGAGCUUCAUCCUUUACCAGUUUGAACUGUUUGGUUUUACGCUUGUAUUUUUCAAGUCAGGAUUAAACCCUUUUAUAUAUUCUCGGAACAGUGCAGGGCUGAGAAGGAAAGUACUGUGGUGUCUGCAGUACAUAGGCCUGGGUUUUUUCUGCUGCAAACAGAAGACUCGACUUCGAGCCAUGGGAAAGGGAAACCUCGAAGUCAACAGAAACAAAUCCUCCCAUCAUGAAACAAACUCUGCCUACAUGUUGUCUCCAAAGCCCCAGAAGAAAUUUGUGGACCAGGCCUGUGGCCCAAGUCAUUCGAAGGAAAGUGUGGUCAGUCCCAAGAUGUCUGCUGGACAUCAACACUAUGGUCAGAGCAGCUCAACCCCCAUCAACACUCGGAUUGAGCCGUACUACAGUAUCUAUAACAGCAGCCCGUCCCAGGAAGAGAGCAUCCCACAUAACUUACAGCCAGUAAAUUCUUUUGGAUUUGCCAGUUCAUAUAUUGCCAUGCAUUAUCACACCACUAAUGAUUUAAUGCAGGAGUAUGAUAGCACUUCAGCCAAGCAGAUUCCAGUCCCCUCUGUUUAGAGUCAUGGAGGCUAGAGAAUCUUAUGUAAAUGUUUUUGUUUCUGAUACUAAUUGAUUUUUUUAAAUUCUGUGAGACCAGAGGUACAUCAAAACUUAAAGACCUAGACAGUUGACACUAAUGACUCCCUUUUGUCUGAAGUAUUAGCAUCUAUUCGUUUGCUUUGCAGUUUCUUGACGUUUUAAGAGUUGAUGUAAAAGUUUAUUAUUUUACACCUGACCUGUGCUCCAAUCUUUUGUACUAAACUUUUAAAUAGAUGCCAGGGAAUGAUCAUGCUACUGUAUUAAAGUAGGGAAUGAACUGAUUAUGGUCAUUUGAGUCAAUGUUAUGGUUCUUUGAAGUAAGUAUGAGCUGGAAUUUUUAAAGAACGUGAAGGUAUCAUCUUUACUGAGGCAUUAUUUUUAUUAACUGAAUUAUAAAUUUUGACUCUUUGAAGUGUUGAAUUGGGAUCAAUAUACUUUUUUUGGUUGCAGGCUUACUGGAAUAAAUAACACAUUGUUAAAGCAGAAAAUCAGAAAUGUAUUAUCUAUAACUAUUUUUACCAAAAAUACACAAGCAUUACUUUCUUUUCAUAAGACAGCCAACUAAGAAUAGGGUAUUAAGAUUAUUACCAUUUGUAAUUGUAGACAUUAUUAUUUUGUGUCAGCUGAGUAGCUGUAUAGUUCUUUUAAAAAGAAGUCUGGGACUUCCCUGGUGGCGCAGUGGUUGAGAGUCCGCCUGCCGAUGCAGGGGACGUGGGUUCGUGCCCCGGUCUGGGAGGAUCCCACAUGCCGUGGGGCAGCUGGGCCCGUGGGCCAUGGCCGCUGAGCCUGCGCGUCCGGAGCCUGUGCUCCGCGAUGGGAGAGGCCACAGCAGUGAGAGGCUCGCGUACCGCAGAAGUCUGUUUUUUCUUGCUAAAAAUGAAUUAUUCUAUUUCAGAAUGAUCUUACCCAAGAAACCUAGUGAGGAGGACUGCAUCUGUAGUAGAGGGGUGCUCUCCCUGGGGUAGUAGGCACUAACGGUGGUCAUCUCAUCAGGGUGCUGUUAUGUGGGAAGCAGGCUAGACUGUUGUGUGUAGACUCUUGUAUGUACAAGAAGGCAUAAGGAUGAGAUGGGGGUGUUUCUAUCUAUGCUUUCCUUCUGUGUGAGAAUGAUUUGUUAACAACCUGACGAAGACUAUCUAAGUAACUAUUUAGAAAAAUUUUUUGGUCUUUGUUUAUAUAUUACCAUGGUAGAAAAAUUCUUAAGAUGAUCUGUUUUCAAACUAAUUGUGUUAUUUCUCUCCCAUGAAUCUUAAACUGGAAAUGGGCAAUAAGGCAAAAUAGAUUAAGUAUUUCUACACUUAAACUAAUUUUAUUAUAUACUCUGUGAUUCCUAGCAUAACUACUGUAAACUUAUAUUUUUAUGUAAAAAUGUUUUCAUUAUACAGUUGGCAUUUGAACUCAAUACAAUUUUGGAACUAUAACUUCUAGACAAGAUGAGCAUCAAGAUACAAAACCUAUCUUUAUAAAUUGUUAUAUUCAAGAACAGUUAUUGCAGAUUGGAAGGUACUUUGUCCCUUGGAUGAAAGGUGUUCAGUUUAUAGCAUCCUCUCCCAUGCUGUUCCCAAAUACAGAGGUCAUGAGACGCAUGGAGAAGACAGCUGGUACUCAGCUAGAACUCUGCUCAGUCUUAUCUAAUAACUCUUACCUUCCAGGAUCAACCAGUCAUUUCUAUUUCCGAGGCUUAAGUAUGAGAUAUGGAUUUUAUUUUGCUGUUAAAUUCACCUUUUAGGACUCUCUCCCUUCUUUCCUUCUCUCUCUCUUGUCCUUUUAUUUUUGCUGUUAAAUUUUAUAACAGAAGAUAAAAUAUACACUCUUCUUUUUUUCCUUUGGUAAUUGAAUGCUAUUUUUGGAAGUCACUAUGACCUAUUUCAACUGUGCUUUUAUAUUUUUAAUACAACACUAUUUUCAUUUAUUAAUACUUCCAUGAGGUAGGUUCGUAUAUUACCUCUUUUUAACAAAGAAUUAAGAAAUAGAAUAUCCUCUCCCAAGAUCAUUUGAAGAAUUGUGGCAAAUUAGGAAUGAAACUUUUGUCUAAAUUCAGAACCUCGUAUUUAAGUCAAUAAGCCAAACAGCUUUAUAAGUAAUAACAUUGCAAUCAAGAACCUAUUUCAUACUUUUUAAGGUAUGAAUCUCUUUUUUGGCCAGGCAUUUCAAAUGUGACUCAAUAAAAGAUUUUUUAAAAAGUAAUUUCUACUUCUAAAACUAAAAAUGACAGGUUUCCUUUGUGACCUCUGAGUCUGAGAUGAUCUGACCCAUCUUUGGGAGGUAAAAAUCAUAGCAUAAAGACAAUAAGCAUGUGCAUAUGAGGUGUUCAGUCUCUUUAUGCUCAUCAAGAAAUUAUUGAUUUAACUUGCAUGAAAUACAUAGCAGGCUAGAUUCUUAGCCUUUCUGUAUAUUUAUAUCUCUGUAUCUAUGUCUAUGUGUAGAUAUAUGUAGAUACAGAUACAGAGAUAGAUAUAUGUAACUUGUCUCUUCAUAAGUUAUAUAUGUCUAUCUAUAUCUAUGUCUAUAUGGAGAUAAAGAUAUAAAUAGACAUAUAUAACUUUUCCAUAAGGGCUAAAAUGAGAACUUUUAUAAAAGUAAUGAGAAUUCAGUUGAAUAUGACUAAUUAGCAGGGUAUAUUAAUUAUUUCUCUUGAUGCUUUACUGUGAUGCAAAUUGUUCUGAUGUUAACCAUUAGGUCAGAUUUGUAUUUCUGAUGCUUUUAAUGUUCUUUUAAACUAAUGUUUGGAAAAUAAAAAUAAUGAAAAACCUAA